UGCGAAGUGGGUGCGCGGAAUUGGACUCGGCUCACGCUCACGCUCACGCUCAGGCUCCUAUUAAAACCACGAGUGGAAGUUUUCUUCUCCGUCACCUCCCGCUUCGCGAACCCACCCCCACCCGUCCGUCGUCCGUUUCUCCUCCUCCUCCUCCUUAACAUAACAAUGGCUGUGCAGGCCCAGUACCCCUCCCAUCUCCUCUUCCACGAUAGAGGUGACCUGGUGGAGAGGACGGACAUGGACCUGCCCAAGCAGCAGCAGCAGCAGCAGCAGCAGCAACAGCAGCAGCUUCAUCAGCAUCAGCAGCUUGCCGGACUCUCGCCGGCGGUCUACUUUGCCAGUGGCGGAGCGGGCGGGAAUCGGAGGAAGCGCGCCAGGGAGGCCAUGGCGCCGCCGCCGCCGGCCAAGGAGGAGUAUGUCAGCCUGUUCGCGCACCAGCCGGCGCCCUUUUUAAACAUGGCGCAGCUCCACGGCAGGGUCGCCUCGUCCCCGUCCCCUGCCCCGGCGACGCGCGUGUCCACGGGCCUCCGCCUCGCAUUGGAUGAGCAGCAGCAGAGGCAGAUCAAUUCCUUGUGUUACCCGUCCUCGUCGCCGCCGCUCGUUCCCUUCUCCGACGAGUUCGCCGGGCAGAUGAAGCAGCACGGCGAGGAGCUCGACAAAUUCGUCCGGGAGCAGGGCGAGCAGCUCCGGCGGGCCAUCGCCGAUCGGAUGCGCCACCACAACCGGGCGCUUCUGGUCGCGGCAGACAAGUCGGCCGCGCGCCGGCUACGGGAGAAGGCGUUGGAGGUGGAGCGCGAGGCGCGGCGCGGCGCCGAGCUGGAGGAGCGGCUCGCGCGGCUACGGAACGAGGCGGCGGCGUGGCAGGCCAAGGCGCUCUCGGAGCAGGCCACCGCGGUCACCCUUCACGCGCAGCUCCAGCAGGCCGCCUCCGCGGCGCGGGCGUCCUGCGAGGAGCUCGCCGGCGGCGACGCCGGCCCCGCCGAAUCGUGCUCGUCGGCGUACGUAGACCCUCGCCGCACCGGGCCUGAGCGCGCGUGCCACAGCUGCCACCUCGGGGCGGCCACGGUGGUGCUCCUCCCGUGCAGACACCUGAGCCUCUGCCGCGACUGCUUCGCCGCCGGCGACAUGGACGUGGCCCUGGCGUGCCCAGUAUGCCAUUGCGUGAGGACCGGCAGCGUGGAGGCCAUCCUUUGCUGACAGAGCGAGCUGUGGGCAUCCCAUCCCGAUCGUCCGUCCAUCCGGUGCCGUGAGUGCUCCGAGCAAUGCGAAAGGCAUCAUAGCUUGUUCCGGCGAACGGAAAAUAGUCCUAAAAUGGAAACUUAGAUUCUUUCUUUCUUUCUUCCUUCCUUCAAGUUUCUGUUCAUAGUUUUUUUUUUACUGCCGAGGAUUUACCCCUCGCCGUGUCCUCUAGGAGAAAUUCAAUUGAUAUAAGUUGAUUGUUAAUGUUAA